AUGGCUACAUCUCCGGUCCUCGCUCUCUCGCCAUGGAGUCCGGUGAAUCUAUCCACGUCAUCUUCUUUCUCCGGCUUCCACAUCCGGAGUUUUACAUCUCCGGCGUCACCAAAUCCUCCCAAACCUCCAGUGCCCCCAGAUCCGCCGCCUGCUCUGCCGUCAUGGAUCUCUGGCUCGCCGGAUCUAGGCUAUGCUCCUCAACUUUGUAUAAUCAAAGCUCCUCGUCUCCCAUCAACACCAAAGCUUGUGUCUCCGGAUCUCGAGAUCUCCUCAAGCAAAACUCCUUCAGCAAUAAGCAAUGUUCUAUAUUCUCCAAGCUACACCCCUCCAACGACUCGACCCAACGGCACAGUGGCCCUCAUGGUUGCUCCGGUAGUCACAUCUUCGAUAAAAGCUUCUUCAACGACAACAAAAGGAACACAAUUGUUGGUACACUCCUAUUACAUCUUCAAUAUCAUAGAGAGUACUCUUGCACUUGUUUGCUUCCCUUGCAAGGAGAUUUACACUCCCCAACAUUCUUCCUCUAUGGAGAAACUCAUAUCCUCCUCAAUGGAAAAACCUUCCUCCUUUAAGGAGAGACCCAUAUCCUCAUCAAUGGAAAAACCCUCCUUUUUUAAUGAGAGACCCACAUAA